AUGGAAAUCAAAGUUGGAGAUUCUAUUAGGAUUGAAGAUGGCUUUUAUGUUCCUGAAGAACUGUAUAUGCAAUAUAAAAAGAUGAAUAUAUCUAGUAUAUUUUCUUGGCAAGCUGAAUGCCUUCGCUUGCCUGGUGUUCUUGAGGGGAAUAAAAAUCUUGUUUACUCAGCUCCUACUAGUGCUGGAAAGACCCUCGUUGCUGAGCUCAUUGUACUUAAACGUGUUUUGGAAUCUUCAUUGAAGGCAUUUAUAAUUCUACCUUAUGUGUCUGUAUCAAGAGAGAAAAUGACUUACCUACAGAAACUGUUCAGCAGUCUGGGUAUUCGUGUUGGAGGCUACAUGGGGGGUCACAGUCCACCUGGGGGUUUGUCCGCCAUUAAUGUAGCCGUUUGUACAAUUGAAAAGGCAAACAGUCUGAUUAAUAGACUAAUAGAAGAAGAUCGUUUAGACGAAUUAGGUAUUGUCGUUGUCGAUGAAUUACAUCUUAUUGGUGAUACUCAUCGAGGUUAUUUACUGGAGUUGUUGUUAACAAAGUUACUCCUCUAUUCACGUCGCAGAUUAAAUGCUAAACUAAUUGAUGGUGGCAAAGGUUCAGGGGAUUCUCAAAGUCUGUUGAAUGGAUCUUUGAACCAAUCCUACUGUGAUACAGGUGGUAUUCAAAUAGUUGGCAUGAGUGCUACUUUGCCAAAUCUUGCGACACUUGGACAGUGGUUAGAUGCAGAGGUUUAUGUAACAAAGUUUCGUCCAGUCCCACUGACUGAACUCAUUUUAUCAUGUGAUACAAGAUCUAAAGUGAAUGAGUUCUAUAAAUUAGUUAAUUCUGAUGUUGAUAGUGUUUGCAGUCAACAGAAGUCAGAGUGUCUGGUACCUACUGAUAAUUUACCUUUGGAUCCACAGUUAACUUCUGAUAUUCAAUUAAAUGAUGAAGAUGGUGUGUUUGGUUUGUGUCUUGAUUCAUUCUUGAAUGGACAUGGUGUACUAGUGUUUUGUCCUACUAAACAAUGGUGUGAACAAUUAGCUGAUACAAUGGCACGCCAUAUCUUCAGUCUAACACAGUCCUACUUUUCAGCACAAUGUCAGCAGGAAAAUAAUACCCGGGUGUUAAGGUCUGAGGAUCCUGUUGACAGCGAUCCAAAUGAUUGCUACUUAGGACCAGAUAUUGGAGUACGCUUGGCAUCACGUUUGGACCGAGUGGGCCUUACCACUUGUGUCGACCAGCUAAGGCGUUGUCCAGCUGGCCUUGAUACAGCUUUGGCAAGAUGUCUAGGCUAUGGUGUUGCCUUUCAUCAUGCAGGUCUUACAAUUGAAGAACGAGAAGUGAUUGAGUUUGGCUUCCGUAAAGGUCUUAUUCGUAUUUUAAUUGCCACAUCCACAUUAAGCUCUGGAGUUAAUCUACCUGCCCGUCGUGUUAUAAUUCGAACACCAUUGUUUCAUGGACAUAUGUUAGAUUAUCUUACUUAUAAACAAAUGGCUGGUCGAGCAGGUCGUCAAGGCGUUGAUACUAGUGGCCAAAGCAUAUUAUUAUGUAAACCCAAAGAUUUGGGACGUGUACGUCAGUUGGUGAUGAAUGGAAUGCCACCAGUGAAUUCCUGUCUAAUGGGUCAAGGAGGCAGCCCUGAAUCUAGCCUAAAACGUGCUUUACUUGAGGUUAUUGCAAACGGAUUUGUUGAAACACUAACCGAUGCUCUACUGUAUCUCUCUAGUACCCUGUUGGCUACUGCUAUCACUCAAGAAAAGUUGACUGAACUGAAAUCUCCUAAAUCAUCUCAUCACUCACCAGGAGGAAUUCGGCGUCGUUCUCUACGUCUAUCACAGUCUAGAAUUUCUUCUAGUAGUCAACUCAGUUGUGUUACAGAUAACAAUAAUGGAUUUAUAAGUGAAAUGAAACGUUUGUUAUUCUUAUGUAUUAAAGAAUUACAAAAGCAAGAACUGAUCUAUAUUGAUCAAUCUUCAAAUCCAGAAGGCAAUAAUGCAAAUCUGUCACAAAUGGAUGCUGAUUCAUUGAAUUGCUUAUUGAAUUAUGCUCGACUACAACCAACGGCCUUAGGAAGAGCGGUAUUGUCGUCUUCUUUAGGUCCAGUGCAUGGGUUAGCAGUUUUCGAGGAGUUGGAUCGCGCACGACGAUCUAUUGCCCUGGAUACUGAAUUACAUCUGAUAUAUCUGUUAACUCCUGUGUAUUUGGAUGUUGGUGCUGAUUUGGAUUGGCUUUGUUACUUGGAACAGUAUCAGAGUUUAUCUCCUGCAGAGCGUAGAGUUGCUGAUCUGGUUGAUAUUGAAGAACGGUUUAUUACCAGAUGUGCAGCUGGUGCCCCACCAACCACUUGUGGUCGUCUUGGUAAUGCUUCUAUGAGCAGUCGACGUCUGAGCUUGCAUAGACGUUUUUAUACAGCUUUAGUACUAUAUCGCUUAGUUAAUGAAGAUGGCUUACAAGCUGUUGCAAGGAAGUUUGGCGUCAAUCGUGGUCUCCUACAGAGUUUACAACAACAAGCUGCCACUUAUGCAGGUAUGGUAACUAUCUUUUGUAAUCGUCUUGGUUGGAGUCAUAUGGAACGUAUAAUAGCGAAUUUCCAGUCACGUUUAUGCUAUGGUGUUUCUGAAGAACUUGUUGACUUGAUACGUUUACUCCCUCUGGUUAAUGCUGAACGUGCUCGGGCUUUAUACGCAGCUGGUUAUACUUCUGUAUCGUCGUUGGCUACUGCACGUUCUCAAGAUAUUUCAAGGGUUUUACAACGUGCAAUACCUUUUGAACGAAAGAAUAACAGUGAGAAUUCUGCAAAAGCAUCAUGUCGUACAAUUCUACUAGAUGAUGGGAACGUAAUCAAUGAACAAGAAGCUGCACCAUUAAUUAUUGAGCAAGCUAAACGAUUAUUGGAAAUAGAUUUAGCUUCAGUUUAUGGGAAAGAUCUAGUUAUUCUAUCCAAAGAAGAUGAGAAAGUGAUACAGUCUAAGGAGAACACGACUAUUGCUGAUUCACCAGUGCAUCAAUCACAAGCUAUUGUUGAAAUUAAAAACACAUUAAACGAGUUGAAGAGUAGUCAAUUAAUAGUGGAAAAUACAAUUUCUUCCAGGGAUAUGAAUGUAAAUGAUGAUCAUGGUAGGAAUCUUGUUUCUGCUGAGGAUAGAAAGCGUUCCAAUAGUUCUGUAAGCGAAGACCACGGAGCGAAAUGCAAAAAGGCUCCUGAAGAGAAUGUUGUUCUUACAUCAGUGAUGUUGGCAACGACGACGGCGAGUAACACCACCGCCUCCACAACCACUACUACUACUACUAACAGCACCAUAUGUACAGGAUUGUCGUUUGCUAGUGAUGACUCUAUUUCUGAUGACUGUUGUAACAACACAGGGAAUCACACUUGCAACAAUGAGGAAAAAUGCGCUUCAUCUCAGAAGAAUAGUACAGAUUGUAAUAUCGACCAUUGUGAUGAUCAAAUUUUAACAUUUCAGUCUCAAGUUUUGGACGUACAGUGCAAUAAAUCCACACACCUCCAGGAUACAAUGAUCUCUAAAGAUUUUGAGAAUUUCACUCAGCCUAGUCAGUCUUUCAUUUUAACCAGUCAACUAGCAGCUAUUGUUGAUAAUCAAAUUUCAAUAGUUGAUAAUACAAAAACAGAAAACAGUGUGAUGAAUAUUUCAGUUAAUCAUUGUACAUCUGUACAGGCUUGCAGUGAACAGUCUGAAUCUUCAACUCUAUCAUCCUCAUUAAUAUCCUGUGAUAAUGUAUUCGAAUUAAAUGAUACGCUUACAUUUUCAAUGUUUGAAAGUUCAUUUGCUGCAUCCAAAGCUAAUAAUAAUAAUAAUAAUAAUAAUAAUAAUAAUAAUAAUAAUAAUAUUGAUAACAAUUUUAAUGAAACAGCAUCCAAACAAAAUGAAGAAUUAACCGUGAACUUUGAUUCACAAAUCUUGCAAAAUUUUAUGAUGUCACAGAUCACUUUCGAUACUGAAUUUGAAGACAAAGAGAAACUAGUUUCCCCCAGUCAACCACCUGGCGCCAAUCCAUCCACAUCUAUCAAUGAAGAUGAUACAGCUUUGGGCACAGAGAGGAAGAGUAUCGGUGACUUAUUUAACUCAUCAUUCACAUUUGAUCUGCCAGCAAAUAAACAAUCACAGGAUUCGUCAUCAUGUUGUCAAAACCGUAAUUUUGGUGAAGCUCUUAAAUGUGCAGCAAGUGCUGAUGUCCUUCCGACUGAUGUUUUACCUGUGGAAGUCGUUAAAACUGGUAUCACUUAUAUAAAUGAUGGUGAUGAUGAGGAUGACUACAACUGUGAUAAUAGAGAUGAUUUAUUCUCUAUCAUUGAUGUAACUCAAUCAUAUUUCCUGUGGAAAACUUUCCUUGACGAUCUGUAUAAACGCAUAGAUGAAAUAAGUAAACAAAAUUCUACUAACUCAAAUUAUAUCGCUGUACAACCUGGUUGGAGUGUAAACAUGAACUUCCCUAAUCAAGUAGAUAAUAUUAAUGGAAAGGAUUCACUAGAAUGUUUAAUUUGGCGUUCUGGACCUGGGGGACAUCCAGCUACUGGUGGUGGAAAAAGUCUGUGCACAGAUUACAACUUGUACCUUAGUGGGUUAUCACUUUCUUCAGUAUGCCUCCGAUCUAAUGUUGUAUUUUGGAUUGAUUUUGUUUCACAAAAUGAUGUCAAUAGAGUUCCAGUUAAUAAAUGUUUAGCAGAUAUUCGUGAUUUAUUUCUUUACAUAAGUCAUCACAAUAUUGGUUUAAUUCUUUGGGAUGUUAAAUGGUGGUAUCGAAUUGUUUAUGAUUUAUUCAAACUACCAAUUGGUAUAAAAUUUCAAAUAUACAAUCCGAAUCUAGUGAAUUGGUUAAAAAAUCAAGAUUUAGGUCAAAGUUCUUUGUUGAAUGAAGCAAAAAAACUAAAUGCCAACACUGUUGAUUUACUGAGCAAGGUUACAUCAUUCGCUGAACUUCUAGAACCUCCAACACAGUUUUCAGAUUGGUCUAAAAUCCCCAACCUUAGUUCUCCUAAUCAAUGUCCUCCUGCAAACCAUCUAAAUGGACAACAGUUAUCCAGUCUUCCUGAUCAUAUAAAUAUAACCGCAGCUCAGUGUUUCUUACUAGCAUUAUGGACAAAUUUGAAUAGCUACCUGUCCGAAGUUGAUCAUUCUAUACUCAGUUCAAUCGAAAUGCCUUGUCAAGCAUUACUGGCUAAAAUGGAGUCGUAUGGUUUCAAUCUCAACAUUGACGAAUUGACUAAAUGUCAUGAUUCACUAACUCGUGCCUGUAAACAGUUAGAAAGUGUUGCACAUCGACUAGCUGGUUUACCAUUUCCUAUGGAUUCACCGAAAGAAAUAUCUAAAGUAUUAUUUAAAUGGCUUCAUCUACCGCAGAUAUCAGAUCCUAAUGAUACUAUUUUAACAAGAAAACGUAAUCAACAAGCCUUAUUACUGAAUGGUCGUAAACAAUCAUCUCAUCUGCCUAGAGCUACUAAUGCUGUCCUGUCAAAACUCACAGGUGUUCAUCCAUUACCAGCUAUUAUUAUCGAAUGGCGUCAUCUAAAUGGUAUUUUAGAAAAAAUAUUUAAUUCUUUAGUUUCAACAUGUCGAAAUUGUGUUUCUGAUAGGGAAAAGCCAUUACGUGUUUCACCUAUAUAUGAUGUAUACACAGCUACUGGUCGUAUUGUUUCAACUAUGCCUAAUAUACAAUCGGUACCAAAAGAUAUAACUAUUGAAUGGCCUAAAUUACUUUAUAAGUCUUUAGAUAAUUCUCAGCUAUGGCCAUCACCAUUUGAUAAAGUGUUAGCUGAACUUCCUGAAUUUAAUGAAGUACGUUGA